GGACGUAUUCUGAAGUGACGCAAGCUUAGCGCUUAACGGCAUGCGUUUUAUUACAAUAUUCUCUAUUCUACUUGUUUCAAAUCCAUUUAAAACUUUACUAAUAAGCACAUGACCAAUUAGAGAAUUAGUAGCAGUAAACUUGGAAGAUGGCACGCGAAUUUGAUCAUCUUUUCAAACUGCUGAUUAUCGGUGACAGUGGUGUCGGUAAGAGCUGUUUACUUCUACGAUUCGCUGAUAACACAUUUUCGGGUAGUUAUAUCACGACAAUAGGUGUAGAUUUCAAAAUAAGAACUCUAGAAAUAAACGGUGAACGAGUGAAGUUGCAAAUAUGGGAUACGGCUGGUCAAGAAAGGUUCAGGACCAUAACGAGCACAUAUUACCGAGGGACUCAUGGCGUAAUUGUAGUUUAUGAUGUCACUAAUGGAGAGUCUUUUGCUAAUGUCAAGCGAUGGCUGCAUGAGAUCGAGCAAAAUUGUGAUGUCGUAAAUAAAGUUUUGGUGGGAAACAAGAAUGAUUGCCCUUCAAGAAAGGUGGUGGUUACAGAGGAUGCGCAGAGGUUUGCGAAUCAAAUGAACAUACCUUUAUUUGAAACUAGUGCAAAGGAAAAUAUCAAUGUGGAGGAAAUGUUUCUUACAAUCACUAAAAUGGUAAUUUCUGAAUUAGUAUUUUAUCAUCCUUUAUUAUUUUUCAUUCAUGUAUGGAAUUGUCUAACAAGAAUAAAAAGUAUGGCUGUCACAAAUGGUGAAAAAUGUGAGUUUGCUCAUUAUAAAUUAAAAAAAAAAAAACAUGAAAUGCAUUAUUUCUUAAUACAUACAAAUGUACAAACAAUGUUAGGUUUAAUAAUGACAAAGUUUGAAUGAAUAAUAAUAAUAAUACUUUAUUGUCACACCAUUUUUAUUCCUGUUCUAUAUUUGAAGACUUUCAUUAGUAAUGUUAUUUUUAACUAAUAUUUCUGCAACUGGGUGUAAGCAUCACACAAAGCAGUAACAAAUAAGAUUGAUUACAGUAUCACAAGGUAUUAAAAUUGUUCUUCAUUUUGUGUUAUAUGAGAACAUAUUGGAAAACUUAAUUUUUAUAUAUGUAUAACUGUCAUUGGCUUUAACUGAAAUGUUACAAAAAAUGUCUUAUAAAAAUGGCCUCAUUCCAAAUGAUUUGUACCAUUCACCAAUAUCAUUUUAGUUUUGGGAAGAUACUCACUGUUUAAAAAUCAAUUUUUGAAAUCUAUCAUGUUUUAAUUACAGGUACUAAGAUCUAAAUUAGAAAUGAAGGAGAGGCAAAAUGUGACAUCAAAUGACACUGUCCACCUAAAAAGAAGUCAUAAAACUAAAAAGAAAUGCUGCUAGUGGUUGCAGGCAACGGCUCAGUGCCAUGGACGUUGCUUAUACUAUGCUCAAAUACAGAGAGAUAUGUUGCACAACCCUAGCAGGGUGACUCAACAACAUAUACAAAAGUAUACCAAGGAGAAUUUAAUCAAAGUUAACAUUGUAAGGUGCAUUUUUUUAUUAUAUAUCACAAUAGUCCUUGACAGUGUUAAUGAUUACAGUAUGAAGUCUUUGUAUUAAUUAUGUAUCAUCAUAAUUUUUAUCAGUUAAAAAGUUAUCAGUUUUGUGUUACAGUUUCGAAACUGCAAUGAUAAAUGAUAUUGCUUACAUUCUAAUGUUAGUUGUUUGCUGGGUUGAACAAUCUCAUUAUGGAGCAUGUACAAUAUAUGGAAAAAUUGAUUCCUAAAAUUACAUUAGGAUAUUAUGAAUGCAUAGUUAAUGUGUAUGAUUGUAUUCCCAUUAUAUCAAAAUUUAUGUGAUGGUGUGUUGUGUAUUAUAUAUGAAGUGUUGCAUAUAGGAUAUAAACGUGUAAUACUAAUUUAAUGAAACAACUUUUGGAUGGUUUUAAAUUGUGUAAUUUGUAGUUUUUACUUGUUUUUAGACAUUUGCAGACAAAUCCUUUGCAGGCUCUAAGCACAUCUCAAAUCAAUAGCGUUAAAACCUAUCAAAGUUUUAUUCAUUAAAUGAGUAGUGUGCAUGAAAAUUAAUUUAAUGUCUUGUUUAACAUUUCUUUUUGCUGUAGCCAAUUGGAUUCACAUUAUAAUAUUGUUUUAAUUUAAAGUAUUAUGACAUUACAACAAUCAAUGAUUCUUGUAAUUUUAAUUUAAAUGUGUUUAUUUCUAAAUUUACUAGCCCAGUGUUUUAUAUAGUCAAUUCCACUUUACAAGUUAUUAUCUCUGAAUUUCAUAUUGGCAGUAUUGAAUUAUUUACUCAGAAUUGAUAUUUAUUUAUUUGGUAUUUAAGAUUAUAAAAUUAAAAACCUAGUUUUCAUUUGAAACUUAGAUAAUAGAAAUUGGAGAUGACUGGAGGGAGCUUAUGGAAGUGGAUUAUUAUUUUGUGAAAUGCUUGCUUAACUUUGUAUUAAGUUGUUAAACAAAAAAGAGCUUUGAGUUAUGUGAUAAUAAUCAGAAUAAAUGAUAUUUGUACAUAUCUCCUUAGUUUCUAUAAUCUGAGGUUUAAAGAAAUAUAUGUAAUUAUGUAAAAUUUUCAUAGCAAAAUUAAACAAACAAAUUAUUUAAAACAGUGAUAAAUUGUCAACUUCGAUACUUUAUACUUGUGGAUAAUAUAAAAAAAUAAGGUUUCAUCUGGUGUUCUCAACUUCUUACUACCAGAAAGAUCAUUUUCUC